AUGUACGGACCGCAUAUGGGAAUGCCUUAUCUGGGAGCUGCUCCUAGCGAGUACAUGGGGCAUCCGGGGGACUACGCCGCCGUUCCCCAUCACCCGCACUUGGCGGAGGGCAUGCGAGGCCCGCGGCCUUCGAAGAAGCAAAAGCGGAGCGGCGCACAUAUUCCGCCGAUAGGCGCAGCGGCUGUCGCUGGGAGCACGGAGCGCAAAGUGAAGCAGGAAGCGGAGGGGGGAGUCGGCGGAAGGCCGGCGGAAGGGACGGCGGACGAUGCUUUCUUGGAUAUCCUGUCGUUCGAUGAUGUGGACCGGUUCUUUGUAGAUGAAGCUAAUGAAUGCACGCCAGUAGUGGACGGGCGCACGGGAAGAGAAGUUCCAGACGCUCCUCAGAUUCCACAUGACCACUGCGCGCAGCAGUCGCAGACGCAGCAGCCUGCGCGGGGGUUAACGGCUACAAACCCUGGAUUAGAGGAGUUUAUCAUCAGUUACGGGGAGGAGGAGGGCGAGACGGAAGGGUGGUUCGUGGGAGGGUGGGGCUUGGACGAAUCUGCAGAGGCGGAGAGUGAGGUCGAUGUGGAGCCUCUUGAAGGCUCCCCCACCGCGGGGGACGCCAGUGGCGCAACCAGCGAGAGCGCGGCCGCGCUAAACCCCCCUAAGGCGCAGCUCGGGAAGCGGCCCCGCGCGGAGGACGUGUUCGGUAGCAACAGUGGUGGUCCCGCAGCGGAAGGCGUGGAUGCAGAGGGAGGGAUGGCGGUGAAGCUGGGUAGUCGCAAGGAGCUGCAGCAGCAGUCACCGAGCCUGCGUCUGAACUAUGAGGACGUGAUCAGCGCGUGGUCCGACCAGGCGCCUGAAGGCCAGUCGCCGUGGAUUGAGCAGGAAGAGGAGGAGGGCGCCAGUGCGGAGAAGCGCGACGGUCUUAAUCGCCCACUGCUUGCCAACCUCCCUGGUCUCGCCACAGCCUCUCCUUCAUUACCCGGCUGCGCUCAAGACACCGACGUGGCCAGUCCGGGUGAGCAAUGGGGCGAGCAGCAGCAUGAGCAGCAGCCUGCGAUGGACAGUGACACAUUUGAGCUUUUCUCCAACGAGGGCAGGGAGGCCCGUGUGAUGCGUUACCGCGAGAAGCGCAGGAACCGGCUCUACUCCAAGAAGAUUCGAUAUGAAGUGCGCAAGGUCAACGCCGACCAGCGGCCCCGUGUGAAGGGAGAGGAGGUGCUGGAGCUGAUGCGCAUGGGGGAAGGCGGAGGGAUGGAUGAUAUGUGGACCGAUGAUGAGGCUCGGACAUGGUCCGAUGCAGGACGAGAUGAUUGGAGUGAUGCAGAGGACUGGGGCGCUGCAGAAGAGUGGCGGGUUAGAGACGCUUGGGGAGAGAAAGAGAAGUGGGGCGGUGACAAGGAGUUGAAUGGGAGGGAGGAAUGGGGGGACACGGAGAAUUGGAGGGCAGGGGCGGAUCGUGAGCGUGAGCGUGAGAGGGCACUGGAAGCUCAAGUGCAGGGCCAGAUUCGCGGCCAUGAGGCUGACUUGUCAGGGCUUGCGUUUGCGGAGCAGCAGCAGGCAGGGUUGCCGUAUGCUGUGGGGCUGGCUUCUGUACAGCAACCACUGGACCUUCUGUGGGCCGACGAGCUCAGUGGGGGGCAGUGGGACGGUGGAGGGGAGAUGAUGGGAGAAAGCACCGGAUUGAUGGGUCUGGAGAGUGUGGGUGAGAGGCAGAGAGAAGAGGGGGGGGAUGGGGAGGGAGGUGGGAGGAAGAAGAGGGAGAAGGGAGCGAAGGUUAAAGUUGUUGACCUGGGCAGGUUGAAAGAGAAGCUGGAAGGGUUCUGUGAGGAGCAGGGGUUGGAACCAGGCACAAUGCCGACACGGGGGAUUUUGCGGGCAGCCCGGAGAUCGGAUAUUGAGAAAGAGAUUCAGUUUGCAGGGGGAGUGCAUGCAGUGGCGCAAAAGCUCAACAUGCAAGUGGCAAGGAAACCGAGAGGGUACUGGGAUGACCUGGCGAAUCUGAAACAAGAGGUGCUUCAGUUUCAGAUGGAUCAUAACCUGCCGCACAACAAGAUGCCGUCACGCAUGCUCCUACAGAAGCACGGUAGGGGAGACUUGGCGAGGACUUUUGAGAAGUGGGGAGGGUUGCAUGAGGUGGCACGGAUGUUGGAUCUGCUUCCAAGAUUCAAACGGCCUCGAAACCCACGAUCAGGCAAAACAGCUGCCUUAGAAAAGCAAGCGGAGGAAGAAGUGGUGGAGGGCAAGGCAAAUUCCGUGGUUACAAGUGCUUCUAGUGGAGAAGAGGCGGAGUGGGCGGUGGCUAAUAAGAGAGAGAAAGCGAAGAAAGAUUACCCGGUUAAGGCUGCAGUGCCGAACAAGUCUAAGAAAUG